CUUCUGCGCUGCUGUAGCCUCUCACCAGGAAUUAACGCUACCGCUUCAUUUCUGCCCUGUUUACUAAUAUUGAUUCAUCGUUAACAGAAGGAAAACUGAUCUUCAGGAUAUUAGAAUAAUUCAGGGUGCGGCUGUAAAACUAAGCGGGUUUAUAGCUUCAUAUUCCUGACCAGAUUUAACAGACAGCAAAAGACCCGGAUGAAGCGAAACCUUCGGCUAAGCAGCCGCUGCACAGUUUAAACACGGACUUUUAAAUCGUUGUUUUAGGAGAAAAUGGACGAGAAGGUGUUCACUAAAGAGCUGGACCAGUGGAUUGAGCAGCUGAACGAGUGUAAACAGCUGUCGGAGAACCAGGUUAAAUUUCUCUGUGAGAAAGCAAAAGAGAUUUUGUCAAAGGAGUCGAAUGUUCAGGAGGUGCGUUGUCCAGUUACUGUGUGUGGAGAUGUUCACGGCCAGUUCCAUGAUCUCAUGGAGCUCUUUAAGAUUGGUGGGAAAUCACCAGAUACCAACUAUCUCUUCAUGGGUGACUAUGUGGACCGAGGCUAUUACUCUGUAGAGACUGUCACACUUCUGGUCUGUUUAAAGGUUCGAUACAGAGAACGAAUCACUAUUCUUAGAGGGAACCAUGAAAGCAGACAGAUCACCCAGGUGUACGGCUUCUACGAUGAGUGUCUGAGAAAGUACGGCAAUGCAAACGUCUGGAAGUAUUUCACAGACCUUUUUGACUACCUACCCCUCACAGCUUUAGUGGACACACAGAUAUUCUGUCUCCAUGGAGGACUGUCUCCAUCUAUCGAUACGCUGGAUCAUAUCCGAGCACUGGACCGCAUUCAGGAGGUUCCACAUGAGGGUCCUAUGUGUGACCUGCUGUGGUCAGACCCUGAUGACCGUGGUGGCUGGGGGAUUUCACCCCGAGGAGCCGGCUACACGUUCGGCCAGGACAUCUCCGAAACCUUCAAUCACGCCAACUGCCUGACCCUUGUGUCCAGAGCUCACCAGUUAGUCAUGGAGGGGUAUAAUUGGUGUCAUGAGAGGAAUGUUGUUACAAUCUUCAGUGCUCCCAAUUACUGUUACCGCUGUGGUAAUCAGGCGGCUAUUAUGGAACUAGACGACACCCUCAAGUAUUCAUUCUUGCAGUUUGACCCAGCGCCGAGAAGAGGGGAGCCUCACGUCACUCGUCGAACCCCAGACUAUUUUCUGUAAUGUCCCGGUGCCUAAUAAAAUAUCCCACAACUUCA